GGUAUCCAUAAUCUCAGCGGUCAGCUGUUAUAGAAAGGAGAAGAGAGCGAGAGGAAGAGAGACAAAUGGGGUCUAGAGACAAGGACCAAACGACAUCGCAUCAUCAGCCGCUCCUUAGCAGCCUUGUUGUAGGACCUUCGGCAAGCGACGGAGCUGACGGUGGUGCAAGCGGAGGACGAGGCCGUGGUGGUGGUGGUAGCGAUUAUGAGCCCGGGGAGGUCCGGCGUGAACCGCAUCCUUAUUCUCGUUCUGAUCGAUACAAAGAUGAACCUGGAUAUAGAAUUCGUGCAGGUUCAAGUUCUCCUAUACGUCGUAGGGAUGCAGAUCACCAUGGUUCCCAUUUUGAUCGCUCAGGUGGUCCAUCACGGGGCCGUGAUUUUGGUAAUGGGAGGGAUCCUAGUAGAUACCGAGACUCUUCACCUCCUUAUAGUCGAGGGCCAGGUGGUGGCAGGCAACACAGCAGCCGGGGUUUUGAUGGAACUGGUUAUGGUCCUGGACCUAUCGGAGGUGAAGGCAUGACUCGAAAUAAUCCUAAUGUACGCCCUAGGGAAGGUGACUGGAUAUGUCCAGAUCCUUUAUGUGCGAACUUAAACUUUGCAAGGAGAGAAUACUGUAACAAUUGCAAGAGAUUUCGGUAUGCGCCCACUGGAAGUCCCCGUGGAGGCUACCCUGGUCCCCCACCUCCACAUGCCCCUCCCAGGCGCUUUCCUGGCUCACCUGUGGAUCUAUCACCACCUCGCAGGAACAUAAACGGCAACUUCAGGUCUCCUCCUCGUAGUUGGGCUAGGGAAGGUCCACGAGACUUUAGAGCUGCUGGUCCACCACCUCCAAGGCAUGAAGGCAGGUUUUUUGAUCAGAGCAUGCGUAGAGACCGACUUGAAUAUCUAGACGAUGACUACAGGGGAAGGAGUAGAUUCGAUAGGCCAAUGCCAAUGGAUUGGGGACAGAGAGAUCGUGGAAGGGAUCACUUCUUCAAUUCCAGGAAAGGAUACGAGAGACGACCACCAUCUCCACCACUUCCACCACCACAGCUUCCACCCCGUGGCAGACCACGUGACAUGAGAGAAAGGAGUAGAUCACCAAUCAGGGGUGCACCUCCACCAAAGGAAUACCGUCGCGAUAUGUACAUGGAGCGAGGACGAGAGGAUCUACGAGGAGGUGCCGGACGAGACAGAAUAGGAGGUCCGUAUUAACCAAAUGGCAGAAAAGCGUAUUGGGAUAUAAACUUUUGUAUCGAUUAUUGUAGCUAAUAAAUUCGGGAUUUACAGCUUUUUUUGGUUGGGUUUGGUUUUUACACUAUAAAUGCAGCUUGUUAUGGUUGUAAACCCUUUUCCAAGUGUUAUGAAGACAGCUAGGACUUCAUUUCUCA